AUGGCGCCGAACCAAAGCGGGAAAGCCGAUGCCGCCUCGGCUGGCCAAUUUGUUCGCGGCUUUUCGCAACUGACGCGCAACGAUGGAGCUCUGGUAGGCGGAAAGAACUCCUCCCUCGGCGAGAUGAUCAGCACUCUUCGGGCUAAAGGGGUCCCCGUACCACCUGGGUUUGCAACAACCUCGUACACAUAUUGGCACUAUGUGGAACGCAACGGCAUUAGGGACAAGAUUGCCACACUGGUCAUGGAUUGGCAACAAGGGAGACUCAAUCUCGUCGAGACUGGCAACAGGGCUGUCAGAGACGCGUACCGCAGGCUCUCAGCCGACGCCGGGAUGGACAAUCUGAGCGUUGCAGUUCGCUCGAGUGCGACAGCCGAGGAUCUUCCAGAUGCAAGUUUUGCAGGCCAACAGGAGAGCUUUUUAAAUAUCUCGGGCGAAGAUGAACUCAUGGAUGCUUGCCGACGGUGCUACGCCUCCCUUUUCACUGACCGAGCCAUCAGCUAUCGCCAGACGAAGGGGUUCGAUCAUAUGAAAGUUGCGCUCUCUAUUGGAGUGCAACGCAUGGUUCGAUCCGACGUGGGCGGCUCUGGCGUCAUGUUCUCUAUCGACACUGAAACAGGUUUCGACAAGAUCGUGCUCAUCAAUGCAUCAUGGGGCCUCGGUGAGAAUAUCGUACAGGGUACUGUUAACCCUGACGAAUACCAAGUCUUUAAACCACUGCUACGACAAGCAGACCUAGUCCCUAUACUGGAAAAGCGGUGUGGAGAGAAGGCACUCAAGUUGGUAUACGGUAAUGCGGGGACACCGACGCGAAACGUGCCCACCUCGAGGGCAGAGCGGGAUACAUUUGUGUUGAACGACCGGGAAAUCCUCCAGUUGGCACACUGGGCUUGCACAAUUGAACAGCAUUACGGCUUUCCAAUGGACAUAGAAUGGGCCAAAGACGGUGUCAUGGAUGAGCUAUUUAUCGUCCAAGCUCGGCCGGAGACAGUACAAUCGCGUCGCGCUACAACCAUGCUCAAGACGUACAAAGUAAGCAACGCGGGCCGCAUUCUUGCCACUGGCCAUUCCGUCGGGGACGCCGCCAUCUCCGGUCAACUAUGUUUAAUCGAAUCGACCAAGGACUUAAGCAAAUUCGUCGACAACUCUAUUCUCGUGACCGGAACAACCGACCCGGACUGGGUGCCCGUCAUGAAGAGAGCCGCGGCAAUCAUCACUGACCACGGCGGACGUACCUCGCAUGCGGCUAUCGUUAGCCGUGAGCUAGGGUUACCGGCCAUUGUGGGAUGUGGCAAUGCCACUUACGUUCUCCACAGCGGGCAGGACGUCACUGUUUCUUGCGCCGAGGGCGAUCGCGGCUUCGUGUACGAGGGAAUUGCCAAUAUAGAGACCGAGAUUAUGGAUCUAAGCCAACUGCCGGUAACUCGGACUAAUGUCAUGAUCAAUCUUGCCAACCCAGCAGCCGCUUUCCGUUGGUGGCGGCUCCCAGCCGAUGGUAUCGGCCUUGCCAGGAUGGAGUUCGUUGUUACCAACGCAAUCCGGGUCCACCCCAUGGCACUCGUCCACUUCGACCGACUCAAAGAUGUUAAAGAAAAAGAAGAAAUUAGUCGCCUGACUGCCGGUUAA